CUGCCUCUACUGCACCAGUACAGUGUGUUGACGCGAACAUUUCGAAACUGAAUUCGACAUCUGGGGUGGUCUAUAAAAAACUCUUACAAAGUGAUAAAGUACUCUGCAAUGCCGUGUCUCUCCCUCUGCCGAGAGAUGAAAAAAUCCCAUCUGAAAAGGUGACUCUACAAGCAUGGACAGAUGAGAGACCUGUUCCAGGAGAUGGCAAAACGUUUCAGGAACACCAUUCUUAUGGAAAGAGCUCUCUGGAAGAUAAUUCCUGGGUAUUCCCAAGUCCUCCAAAGCCUAAUGAGAAUAUGUUUUGGGAAAUGAAAAAUAAAACAACCUUGUUAAACUGUCCAGCAGAUUACCUGGAUCAGUGUAAUCAAAACUGUCUGCACAAGAGUUGA